GUAAAGUGCUGCUGCCCUGUUGCGCACAGCAAGCGUUUUGUCAGGGGUGGUGGGCUGUUCACACGGUUCCUGAAAACGUGUGAAAGAAGACGCACCUUUCCCAGCGGGUUACCCCACGGUGCUACUGGCAUUUGAAUGGCUGUCCUCCUAUGGCCUUGGAAAAAGCAUCGUCAUUCACCAACCUUUUCCAUUCACCAGAGCUCAUUCCGAUUCUACAGCCAUGGGCAUCCUUCCAACCUCAGACAAGUUCCCGCUCCUCGUCGUCCUGAACCCGAGCGCAGGACUGAAACAGGGCCAGAAAAUCUUUGCAAAGACCGUUCAACCGGCAAUCGAUAACUCAGGCACGGCCGUUCGUCUCAUCGAGACCUCAGCCCGCGGCUUCGCCCAAACCUACUUCAAAGACAAUAUCCAACAAAUCCUCGCCGAUCUCUGUCAGUCUCUAGUAACGACAGCCAGCAACAGGGGAGGACCGCAGCCCGUGCAUCCCACGAGCGCAACGCUUCGAGUCAUGGUCAUGGGUGGUGAUGGAACAGUUCACGAGACCGUCAAUGGCAUCCUUGAAGGUCUGAAAGGCUCUUCCUUUGUCUCGGACGGUUUCCGGCCGAAAAUCGAGCUCUCUGUCGUUCCUACUGGUACCGGAAACGCUAUUGCUACAAGCCUCGGCGUGACGACCGUUCAGGAAGCUAUUGAACGGUUCCAGGCAGGGGCGGUCAUUCCAUUGCGGGUCGUCAAGGUUUCUACUCGGCCACAAGAAUCAAAUGACCAACCAGCGGCGGCAAAUGGAUGGAAAACGCAUGUGUACACAGUCGUGGUCAACAGCUUUGGGCUUCACUGCGCAACCGUCCAUGAUGCAGAAGGAUACAGAGGCCUUGGUAAUCUGCGGUUCAAGAUCGCGGCCCUCAAGAACAUCUUCCUAUUGAAGCAAUACGAAGCACGGUUGGAUUUCUAUGGACCUGUUCAGAGAUAUGAUCGCCCCCUGCAGAAACUGGUCGCGACGGUCGAGAGUGAUACGGAGGAGGUCCCGAAUGCCUCCAGCAACAGCCCUUCGUUCACACUCUCGGGACCGUUUACGUACCUCAUGUUUUCCAAGCAGGCCUCUCUCGAGCCAGGGUUCAAACCGACGCCCUUGGCCAAGACCUCAGACGGAUGGCUGGAUGUGUUGGCAGUACAGAAUGUGGGUCGCAGUGCUAUACUCCAGGUCUUGGAGGGUAUCAUCAACGACGGACAGCAUGUGCAGCACGAGAAGGUCGAAUACUACAAGGCCAAGAUUGUGGAACUGGAAACGCCCAAAAAUGGACGUCUUUGCAUCGAUGGAGAAUUCAUGGACAUCGCGGCAGGGCCUCAGGGCAGGGUUAAGUUCGAAGUAUCCUCGGAUCCAAACAUCCAGCUCUUCCAUGUUUACUCGUAAAAAAAAAAAAGUGCCUCAAAUAGCAAGUUUAU